AUGGGGCUCAACGGGCCCAUAAUUCAGGGCAACCUGAACCACUCGACUAGGGCGCAAGAUCUUCUUCUGCAUCACCUGGCCGAGUGGAAAAUUGGAUUAGCUGUGGCCGCGGAGCCGUACCGAGUCCCCGACAGACACGACUGGUUCGGGGACGAUGACGGCUCCGUGGCAGUGAUUGGCACCGCGUUUGCCCUACCCACUACGCUAAUAGAACGGGGGCGGGGGUUCGUGGCGGUACUGUGGUGCGAGAUCGCGGUGGUGGGCGUGUAUUGCCCGCCCAGUUGGCCCCUCGCGGCUUUUGAAGAGUGUUUAGGCCGGGUGGGAGACGUCGUCUCCCGUUGCUACCCCCGGCCGACACUCGUCCUCGGGGAUUUCAAGUCCCAUGCCCAAUCGUGGGGGUCCCCGAGGACUGACGCGAGGGGUGAGGUGGUACUCGAAUCGGAAUUCGAGCUCUGGUUAUUGAACCGGGGCUCGGUUAGCACCUGCGUGCGCGCUCGUGGGGAGUCGAUAGUUGAUCUAUUGUUCAGGACUCCCUCGGCCGCACGCAUGGUGCGAAGUUGGAGGGUGGUGGAGGAGGCGGAGACGCUUAGCGAUCAUCGUUACAUCCGCCUCGGAUUCUCCACCCCCGACCGUCGCCUGCCGAGCGGCCCACCGCCGCGGAGAUGGGCGCUGAAGAGACUGGACAGGGACGCGCUGAUGGCUGCAGCCCUCGCUGUGACCUGGCCGGAGCAACCGGUCGGUCCGGUCGCGGAUAUAGGGGAGGAGGUGAAAUGGUUCCGGGGCACGAUGAAGGCGAUUUGUGACGUCGCCAUGCCCCGGGCCAAAUGUCUCCCCAGACGGGCCGCCUAA